UUUUUGGGUUUGGUGUUUGACUCCACCAAUCUCUCUCACUCUCUCAGUCUCUCUCCUCUUUCUUUCCUUGCUUUGCUUUUGGUUUUAGCACCCUUCAACAAAGAAAAGUGUCAUUGUCUGCGCCUCCUUGCAGACCGUGAACUGGGGUUGAGGGUUGCUAAAUUUCUCUUAUUUGCAACUCUAAAUUCUCUCUCUUAAUCAAAGUUUUAAUCUUUUUCAACUGUUUAUUAUACUUACUCCAUUAUAAUCAUCAUCAUUCAUCAUAUACCCAUCAAAAUCUUCUCGUCUUCUUCGCCGUUUCUUUUACUCACUAUCUUUUUUUCUGUAUCUUUCUGGGAAAAUACAGGUGGGAAAAUUAAGAAUCUUCUGGUUUUCUCACACAGAUCCAAUUUAUUCUCUUAUUUACACUUCUACACUCUACUGCUCUUUUGGCUCUGGAACUUGAUUUUGUGAGUGAAUCACUCUUUUGGAGUUUGGUGUUUGUAAUCAGGCAGAUGGGUACAAGCAAAAACCCUAGUAAGUGUGUUGUGAUAGAUCAGUGUUGUGGUUCAACUUUCUGUUGGUGAAAUUUGUGUGUAAGUGUUGAUUCUAUGAACCCUUUUGCUAUGAAGGCUUCUUGUAGUUCAUCUAUGAAUUUGUGGUAGGAUUUAUGCAAAGGCAUGUGAUAGGAAGUGAAGAAGUGUAGUUUCUACUUAUAUGUGAAUAAAAUGGGUGGGAUAUGCUCGAGGAGGGCUAUCAUUGAUAAUGUCCCUAGUAGUAGUUAUUCGCAAAAUGGGUGUAGCAAUAUUGGUGCUGGAUUGCUUCUGGAUUCUCAAGCAUUGUCUGGUAAAGGAAAUUGUGAUUCUGCUCCUCCAAAUGAUGAGGAAAAUACAGAUAAACAAACAAGGGAGCCCUUUUCGUUUUCUACGGUUGGGAUCAAUGCGAACUCGAAUGGGACAUAUAUGGAUUCGAUUGAUGACGGAAUUCCACGAUUGUCUAGGGUUCUAUCAGAGAAAUCUAGGUCAACAAAGUCUAAGCAGGUUGCCGUUGCAAAGGAAAAGGUAUCUGAGGUGAGUUCCCUUUUGGGUAAAGCUGGCAGUGCUGGGUUCGGCAAAGCAGUUGAAGUUUUAGACACACUGGGCAGUAGCAUGACAAGCUUGCACCUAAGUGGUGGGUUUGUUUCAGGUGUGACAACCAAAGGGAAUAAAAUAUCCAUUUUGGCAUUUGAAGUUGCCAACACAAUUGUGAAGGGUGCAAAUCUUAUGCAGUCACUUUCCAAGGAAAGCAUCGAACAUCUUAAGGAGGUGGUGCUUCGGUCCGAAGGCGUGCAAAACUUGGUAUCCAAGGAUAUUGAUGAACUCCAAAGGAUUGCUGCAGCUGACAAGAGGGAAGAAUUAAAAGUAUUUUCAGGGGAGGUCAUUCGCUUCGGAAAUCGUUGUAAAGACCCUCAAUAUCACAAUUUGGAUCGCUAUUUUGAGAUAUUGGCUUCUGAACUUACUCCUCAAAAGCUGAAAGAAGAAGCUGAGACGAUAAUGCAAAAUCUGAUGACAUUGGUUCAGUAUACUGCAGAGUUAUAUCAUGAGUCACAUGCUUUGGACAGAUUUGAACAAGAUUAUCGGCGGAAGCUACAAGAGGAAGAAAACCCUAGCACAGCUCAAAGAGGAGACAGCAGCCUGGCAAUUCUAAGGGCAGAGUUGAAGAGUCAAAGAAAGCACGUCAGAACUUUGAAAAAGAAAUCACUUUGGUCUAGGAUUCUGGAAGAUGUGAUGGAGAAGCUUGUGGACAUAGUUCACUUUUUACAUCUGGAAAUUCAUGAAGCCUUUGGCAGUGCUGAUGGAGAUAAGCCAAUAAGAACAUCUUCAAACAAUCAUCCAAAAUUGGGGUCAGCAGGCUUGGCCUUGCAUUACGCAAACAUCAUCACUCAAAUAGAUACUCUUGUCUCUCGCUCAAACUCUGUACCACCAAACACAAGGGAUGCUCUAUAUCAGGGACUGCCACCUAACAUCAAAUCAGCUUUAAGAUCAAAAUUGCAAUCAUUUCAGCUCAAGGAAGAGCAGCUUACCAUCCAACAAAUUAAAGCCGAAAUGGAGAAAACUCUGCAUUGGCUUGUUCCUAUUGCUGCGAACACGACAAAAGCGCAUCAUGGAUUUGGUUGGGUUGGAGAAUGGGCAAAUACAGGUUCUGAGCUCAACCGGAAACCAGCAGGCCAAAAUGACUUGCUCAGAAUUGAGACACUAUAUCAUGCGGACAAGGAGAAAACCGAGGCUUACAUUCUUGACCUAGUGGUGUGGCUUCACCAUCUCAUAAGCCAUUCUAGAUCUUCCACAAAUUGUGGAACCCGAUCUCCUAUCAAAUCCCCGAUGCGGUCUCCUAACCAAAAGGCACUGCAGUUAUCUCCAACAAAAGCUACCUGUUCAUCUCCUGCCCUAUCCGUUGAAGACCAGCAGAUGCUUUGUGAUGUGACAAAGAGGAAAAUUACUCCAGGUAUCAGUAAAAGCCAGGAGUUUGACACUGUCAGAAGUCGCUUGAGUAAGUAUCAACGACGAAGCAAGAGCAAUAACCAUUCUCCUACAAGAGAAACUAAAAGAGAGAUAUACUCCACAAGACGGCCAUCAUCUGUUCCUGUUUUCGAUUUCGAUAUUGACCGUAUCAAAGCAUUGGAUGUCAUUGACCGGGUGGAUACCCUGAGGAGUUUGUGAGUGUGAGUGUGAUUUGUGAAAAUGAUGACGCGCCUUCAAAUUAUGCAGGGAAAGAUGAUAUUGAGUGAUUUCAUCCAAUCAAAUGUUUCUAAUUGAAAAAUUCAGCAUCAAAUUAGGUUGGGUUGAGCAUAUAUUGUAGGUUCCAGAAGAUUCAGAUUGCUGCAGAGAGGUUGAGGCAACAUGGUUUUUGUCAGUUCAAGUUAAUGUACAGAAAUACUUUGAUCAUACUCAGAAUAAUUGAAAAGAGGAAUAUAUUGGUUCUUUUAUAUUUCCA